AUCAUUUGUAGUUAGUUUUAUCAAUCCAGCUAGUGUUAUUAUCAGAAAAACAUGGCUCUAAUUGCUAAAGUGGAGACUGAAACAAAGAUCAAAGCAUCUGCUGAUAAGUUCUUUAAACUCUUCAAGAGCCAAGCACACCACCUUCCUAAUAUCUGCUCCGAUAAAAUACGCAAAAUCGAGGUACAUGAAGGUGACUGGGAGACUCAGGGCUCCGUCAAGCAUUGGAGUUACACCAUUGACUGUGAAUCAAUAGAUGAAGAAAACAGGUCCAUCACGUUCAAGGUUUUGGAUGGGGAGGUGCUGAAAGAAUACAAGAGCUACAAGUUCACCGCACAAGCGAUACCAAAGGGGGAGGGCUGUUUGGUGAUAUGGACCAUCGAAUAUGAGAAGGUAACAGCAAAGGAUAAGGGCACCUUGGUGAAAUGGACUCGGGAAUAUGAGAAAGUAAAUGAGGACGUUCCAGAUCCACAUGCUUACCUGGAGUUUGCUGUGAAUAUCACUAAAGAUAUUGAGGGUCACUAUCUCAGCGCAUAA